AUGGCGUUGUUGUUACCACAGUUACUGAUGAUCGCUAUAGCCGAGGUGUUGUUUGCUAUUACCGGUAGUGAGUUCAUAUUCAAAGAGGCUCCGGAGACAAUGAAGUCGGUGAUGACUGCUGCCUGGUUGAUAAUUGAAGCUAUAGGGAAUAUUAUCAUCAUCGUUAUCACAAGAAUUUUUAUCGAUUAUUCACAGGAAACUCAAACUUUUAUUUAUGCAGGACUGAUGUGCGUUUCAAUAUUGAUAUUUCAUUUAAUCUCCAAGAGUUACCAGUUUCUUAUGUCUGACGAAGUUAAGACUGAAGAAAAUAGUGAGCAGUAA